AUGCUUCGAACACCUACCGUUGGUUUUGCUACUCUAUUAUUACUGCAAUAUAUUGAAAUAGCACAAGGAGUAACCUGUGCAAGUAAUCCAUGUAAUCUUAUAGCUGGUCUCUAUGAACCAUCUAACGGUUACUGUUGUUAUGAUGUUCCACCUACUUUUAGAGAUGCUUUAUGUACAUGUCCAAAUAAUGUUCAGGCUGUAGUUAAUGCGCCUUGUCGUACUACGACAAAUCAGGCUAUUUGUUCUAAACGAUGUGUGAAUGGUGGUGUCUGUAAUAUUGUUAAUGGCCAAGAAGUAUGUUGGUGUCAAUUAGGUUUUAGUGGUGCCUAUUGUGAAAUCCAAGGUAUUCUUGGUCGUUGUUCUCCGGGAUUAUGUCAAGUUGGCACUUGUGUUGAACAAACAAUUGGAUCAAGUACACAUGCUUAUUGCCAAUGUGCACCUGGCUAUAGAGGAAUAACAUGCAAUCAGUGUUAUUUUACAUGUCCACGACAAGGUGUUUUUCCUGAUACAUCACAAUGUUCUAUUGGCCGAUACUUUUAUUGUGCUCAACCGAAUGGUGCACCUAUUGCUGCUACGUGCCCAAAUGGACAAACUUUUAAUCGUCUAACAAGCCAAUGUGACAAUUCAGUGCCGUGCACAUAG